ACCGCGAUCGCUAUGCAAGCCGUUUCUUCUCGCUCGACGCGGCCAUUCCUUUAGACUCUGCGGUCUUAAACUUGGUGGAUCUUUUAAUUUUCCUCGUUAGCACUCUGUACGCUUCUAGUGUCAAGUAUAAGUUCGAGAAAGAUGUCAGUCUGAGACCUACGCGCACAACCGCGGAUGUGUCACCACGGAUCCACACCGGAGCCCGAUGGCGCGCAUUGCACAUUGGCGCUGGCAGUCACGGAAGUAGGCAUCCAGCUCGCAGCACUGGAGCGUGGUAAUCGAAUAGCGUCGAGAGCGCCCAGGAAGGAAAGACCCCCGUCAACCUGAAAUAACGGUACCUUUUAAGGAGCGCCGCCGCGCAACCGUGGGCGAGAGAGGAGCGCGCGCGGAGACGUCGUCGGCGGCGACGUCCGUCUCUGCCGCGGCGGUGUGUGCUCGCCCCCGCCGGCCACGGAUCCGAUCCCUGGAAUCCGCCACGCUUGCACGGGCGUCGAAGAGCGGUCCGCUCCCGAUCGGCUCGGACGCCGUUCGAAAGGGAUACACCGCACGUGGACGGUGUGCUGCAACCCGCGUAGGUGAGGGCGGCGGGGGGUGGCGAGCAAGCCGCAUGGAUCCGGGGCUCUAUUUGAGGAUCGCGGACCCCGUGUGGGCUAAACUUAGAGCGCCGCCCCUCCGCCUCGUCCGCGAAGGCGUCAAGAAGCGCGGAAUACUCCCCCCCCACCCUCUCCCACUGGCGGAGGGCCGACGUCGCGCGUACAGCGCGGCGUGCGCGCUGUACUUUUCGAAAAACGCGCAACCGACGAACCGACCGAUAUCGACUCGAUGUGCCUGGCCGCCUGCUGCCCCGGCAUCGGAUGCCCGCCUCGUGCGCACGCUGGACGGGAAAUUCCUUUUUAUAGUCCCCAAAUGUCGCCGGGAGCUGCCGAGUCAAGUAGCGGCGAGGGCCUUUGAUACGAGUGGGACGCAGAUAGGAGCGACCGGCGCAGCACGGUGGACUGGAUACCGUCAUGUGGAGCGGCGUGGCGUGGCGCUCCGCUAGAGUGUGACACGCCUGCACUUGGCGCUCGCGCUGAUUCUCGACGAAGGGGUCGGAGCCCCGCCAGGCGAUCGCGCCGGACGGUGGGUGAUCCCGAUGCAGCCGUUGGCAUGGAGCACGGCGGAGCCCAGAGUGAGAUGACAUCCGCUGCUCGAGAGAACCCCGAGCGACUGGAAAAGACGCUGCACGGUGCGGACGCUCUCUCCUGAUGAACCGCCGCCGAGACGCGCGCUGUAGUCAUAACUGCGCACAUCUUUGUACUACGACAGAAACUCGAUCACUGCGCUUUACGACGGCGACGGAGGUGCGACCGCCUCGCUUAAAUUUCGAUAGGUGGCACAUUCGAGUGCGGACUUCUUUGGCGAACGUCUGGUACGUCAACUACAUCUACAGAGGAGGUGCGUGUGGACAUCGGUGCUCGUGUGUGUAGCAGCGAAGACUGCUGUUCGGACACCCUACGUGGUGUUGUCAGUGCCCGACGGAAAAUUGUAACAAUUGUGCGGGAAAAAAAAAAAAAAAGGCCCGGUUUCCGUGUUAAGCUGACCGAACGGCGUCGGCGUAGUGCAGCAAGACGUCGUCAGCGCGCGGAGGUCUGACCAGGGGAACGACGAUGGUCGGCGCCGCCGCUCAGCGCUAUGUACUACGGUCCCCGCCUGCAGUCUAGCCUGAGCCGGCGGGCGUGGGCCUCGGCCGAAGUCGGCGCCGUCAUCGACAUGACGAGCGAGGACCUUGCCAACUCUUCGCCCAGCACGUCGGGCUACUCGACCCCGUGGUCGGCGUCGCUGCAGCGGUCUCAGGCGCGCCGCCGGCUCGACCACCUCGACGACCGUGGAGGCGCGGACGAUGACGACGACGACGAGGACGACGAGGGCACGAGCACGCCCACUCCACGGCACCAGCCGGUGGCUGCGACGACGACGCACCAGCGACCCUCCGCCGGCGACGCCGCGGACUCAUGGAGCAGCGGCGCCGACUGGAGGAGCAGGCCCCCGCGCCGGCGUCGUCCCGCGCGUAGUUCGGACCACGAGCGCGGCAGGUCUCCCUCGCACGCGCGCCCGCCCUGGGCCGAAGAGCGCCGCAGCCUGGACGCGUGCGACCCGCACUUGCUGGCCGUCAUGGCGGCCGCCGCGCAGCCGUGGAUCGCCGCCGCCGCCGCGUCCUCGCCUCCGCCCACCCCGUGCUGUUGCUCUCCGCCGCCGCCGCCGCCGCCGCCUCACCAAGUGCCGUACGCCCACGGCUGCUCCGCCGCUGCCGCACACGCGUGGGCCUCGCAGCAGCGCAGACGCGGAUGCUGCUGCAGCGGCGGCGUCGCUGCCGCCAGUGUGAACUGGGCUCCGCAACUCUGCGGCCGCUGCUUUGCCGAGCCGCAUCCGGCACCCCACGGCUCGCCCUGCCAGUCGUGGAUCGGUGGUGGCCGUUGCAAGACUCCGGUAUCGGGUGACUAUGGUGAUUUGCAGGACAAAGUGUCACACUUAGAAGCUGAGAAGGAAAACCUGGCGCUGCAGGUGAGUGUGUUGAGUGACCAGCUGGAGCUGCAGAAGGACAAGAUAGCCGAGCUGGAGGCAUCCCUGCUCGACAAGAAGCUCCUGCUCGACCGCACCGAGCAGCUGCUCAAGCAGGAGAUGAUGCUGAAGAAGAAGAUUGAGGCCGACCGGCUGGAGCUGCUGUCGGACAUGCCUGCGCUCAAGCUCAAGGUCGUCACGGCCGAGCGCGAGAAGUCCGAACUCGAGAGCAAGAUCAAGAAACUUGAGACGGAUGUGGUUCUGUUGCGUUCACACCUGGCCGAGCGGGAGGCGGAGCUCAUCACCCGAUGCGGCCGGAUCCCACCUUCCCCCCACCAUGGUUCAGUGUCCUCGGUUGCGGACAGCUUUCGGGGCACGCCCACAAAGCUAGGUGAGGCUGCACUUCGUAUACCCCCGACUUUCAGUGAUGGCCU